AUGGCCGAAAUAGAUGAGGAGAUGAAAGCCAGCAAGCCAGCUGCCGCUGUGCCUGACGAUGACUUGGCUUGUGAUGAGGAAGACCAUGUUGCUGAUUUCUUGGAGGCGCGGAAAUUAAAAGGGGCCACAGCCGCUGCUGCCGCAGCUGCCUUUGCUGGGGAUGCAGACAACUCAGAUGAUGAAGUAUAUGCCACAGCAAAGGCUGUUGAUGAUGGUGCAGAAAUGCAAUACGAUUCAGACGACAAUCCCAUCAUGAAAAAGAAAACAAUAGAAUCCUUGCCACCCUUGGAUCAUGCCGAAAUUGAUUAUGAAGAGUUUGCAAAAGAUUUCUACGAGGAGGUCCCCGAGAUUGCUGCAAAGAGCCAAGAGCAGGUCAACUUCAUGAGGAACACAUUGGGCGUGAGGGUGUCUGGCUUUGACCCACCAAAGCCAGUGAGCAGAUUCGAACAGUGUGGUUUCGACACACGGCUGUUGGCAGUGAUUAAAAAGCAAGG